CGGCCCUGGCUGCAAGCGGCGCUGACUGACAGCCCAGAGCCUAGAGCAGGGAGCCUGAGUCGUGGCUGUGGCUGCAGCCGCCGCCGCCGCCACCGCCACCGCCGCCUGCUUCUUUUCUUUCUCUCCCUCCGAUCUCCGGCCCCGGCCCCUUCCCCGGUCCCUUCCUGUCAGGGCCAUGGCUGCGAGGCCGCUUCAGCGGGGCCGGGAGUCGCGGGAGGGGCGGCGGCACUGAGUGGCGGCCGGGCGGGCGGAGGGGAGGGAAGCCGCCCCCGGGAGCCCAGCCGAACCCCGCCGCCUCCCUCCUGGCCGGACCGGAGCAGAAGCAGGAGCACGAGCGCAAGUGGCAGCCCAGUCGUCCGACCCGAAUCAUAGAAAUCUCCGAAUUUGAAGAGUCAUCAGACAAGAUCUAGGCCAACUCCUACCUGAACAAGAAUUCACUCUAUAAUAGACCUGAAAAAUAAUUAUCCAGACUUUGCUUGAAGAAGUCUCUCAAGAGGGAACCUACUUCCUUCCCAGGUGUAUUUGCACCUGUAUAUUUACAUGUCACUUGGUAGGUGGUACAGUGGAUAGAAUACCAGGUCUGGAAUCAGGAAGACCCAACUUUAAAUCCAACUUUAGAUAAUUGCUAGCUGUGUGACUCUGGGUGGUACAGCUAAAAAAUCUUUAUGGAAGUCCAAUGGGUAAUAAUGGAAGAUGCUGUUCUAAUAACUAAGAUCAACAUGGAUUCCUGGUUCUUUCUUAUUCUGCUCAGCAGUGGCCUGACAUGCCUCAGUGCUAGCAAUGCCUCAACAGUGUUCGCAGUGUCACCUUCAGUAGGAGUUACCUCAUCCACAUCUGUCAGGUCAGCUAAAGCACCCACCGUAGAGCCUGAUAAAGAGGAGGCCAUGAGCUCCAAGGACUUCAGUCCAAACUCUUCGCUGACUUCUCUUUCCACCACACCAACACUCAGCCCACCUGUAAUUCUGGAGCCCACUUACCUAACAACUGCCAACUCCUCAGACUCUGUUACCAAUGUGACCACAAGGACAGAGGUGGCGGAGCCCAACGCCACCUCACUUGCUGCAAAUGGAACUUGGCUUCUUGAUCCAGGCUUUAGAGACACCAAGACAGAGCCAUGGGAGCAGAAUUUCAGCACUGUGGGAACACCACCCGAUGCUUUCACCCCUUCAGGUAAUUCUGACUCGGAGAGAAGAGAUGAGACGCCUAUCAUUGCAGUGAUGGUGGCCCUGUCUUCUCUGCUAGUAAUAGUGUUUAUUAUCAUUGUUCUGUACAUGUUAAGGUUCAAGAAGUACAAGCAGGCUGGCAGCCAUUCCAAUUCCUUCCGCUUGUCCAACGGACGCACUGAUGACAUGGAGCCUCAAAGCAUGCCACUUCUGGCCAGGUCUCCCAGCACCAACAGGAAGUACCCCCCGCUGCCGGUGGACAAGCUGGAAGAGGAGAUCAACCGGCGCAUGGCCGACGACAACAAGCUCUUCCGGGAAGAAUUCAACGCUCUCCCAGCCUGUCCUAUUCAGGCUACCUGUGAAGCUGCUUCCAAGGAAGAAAACAAAGAGAAAAACAGAUAUGUGAACAUCUUGCCUUAUGACCAUUCCAGGGUACACCUGACGCCAGUUGAAGGGGUUCCGGAUUCGGACUACAUCAAUGCCUCAUUCAUUAAUGGCUACCAAGAGAAGAACAAGUUUAUUGCUGCACAAGGACCAAAAGAAGAAACAGUGAAUGAUUUCUGGAGGAUGAUCUGGGAACAAAAUACAGCCACCAUUGUCAUGGUGACCAACUUGAAGGAGAGGAAGGAGUGUAAGUGUGCCCAGUACUGGCCGGACCAGGGCUGCUGGACGUAUGGGAAUAUCCGCGUGUCCGUGGAAGACGUGACUGUUUUGGUGGAUUAUACAGUCCGGAAAUUCUGCAUUCAGCAGGUCGGAGAUGUGACCAACAAAAAGCCCCAGCGCCUUGUCACUCAGUUCCACUUCACAAGUUGGCCAGACUUUGGGGUCCCCUUCACCCCCAUCGGAAUGCUCAAGUUCUUAAAGAAGGUGAAGACAUGUAAUCCUCAGUAUUCAGGAGCUAUUGUGGUGCACUGCAGCGCGGGCGUGGGGCGCACGGGCACCUUUGUCGUCAUCGAUGCCAUGCUGGACAUGAUGCAUGCCGAGAGGAAGGUGGAUGUCUAUGGCUUCGUGAGCCGGAUCCGUGCCCAACGCUGCCAGAUGGUGCAGACCGAUAUGCAGUACGUCUUCAUUUAUCAAGCAUUGCUAGAACACUAUCUCUAUGGAGACACGGAGCUAGAAGUGACCUCUCUGGAAACACACCUGCAGAAAAUCUACAACAGAAUUCCAGGAAGUACCAGCAAUGGGCUCGAGGAAGAGUUUAAAAAGUUAACAUCAAUCAAAAUCCAAAAUGACAAGAUGAGGACGGGAAACCUGCCUGCCAACAUGAAGAAGAACCGAGUCCUGCAGAUCAUUCCAUAUGAAUUCAACAGAGUCAUUAUCCCAGUCAAGAGGGGCGAGGAAAACACUGAUUAUGUGAAUGCUUCCUUCAUUGAUGGCUACAGACAAAAGGAUUCUUACAUCGCUAGCCAAGGGCCUCUCCUGCACACCAUCGAAGAUUUCUGGCGGAUGAUCUGGGAGUGGAAAUCUUGUUCUAUUGUAAUGUUGACUGAGCUGGAGGAGAGGGGCCAGGAAAAGUGUGCCCAGUACUGGCCGUCCGAUGGCUCCGUGUCCUAUGGGGAUAUCACCGUGGAACUCAAGAAGGAGGAGGAGUGUGAGAGCUACACCGUCCGAGACCUGCUCGUGGCCAACACCAGGGAAAACAAGACCCGGCAGAUUCGACAGUUCCACUUCCAUGGCUGGCCUGAGGUGGGGAUUCCCAGCGACGGCAAAGGCAUGAUCAACAUCAUCGCAGCCGUGCAGAAGCAGCAGCAGCAGUCGGGGAACCACCCCAUCACGGUCCACUGCAGUGCUGGUGCAGGAAGAACAGGCACAUUCUGUGCUUUGAGCACAGUCCUGGAGAGGGUGAAAGCUGAGGGGAUCUUGGAUGUCUUCCAGACAGUGAAGAGCCUGAGGUUACAGAGGCCACACAUGGUCCAGACACUGGAACAGUACGAGUUCUGCUACAAGGUGGUACAGGAAUACAUCGACGCCUUCUCAGAUUAUGCCAACUUCAAAUGAGAGACGCCGAGGGCCUGUGCUCAGAAGAGUUGCCUUCUUUAAUAUUUUGUACCAUUCUAUUUGUUAAUACACCCAGCUCUGUGUAUAUAUCUUACCUGUUUGAGAGGUUGGUACAUAGGCUUCCCAUUAGCUGGAGAUUUUAUAUGUAGCUGUGUUAGCGCUGAUAGUCUUUUUUCCAAUGUUUGAUUGGGGAAUUAAAUAGCGUGCUGUUUGGAUUCAUAUCGUGACACCCUUUGCUGGAGAGUGGGCCCAGCUGGUGUUUGUUUUGUAAAUCUUUUCCUGAGGAAGAAAAGCCUUUUUAACAAUAUUCAUUCCAAGCAAAUUCAUACAAGAUGAAGCACAAAAUUCUUAUUUCACAAGGAAAAUGGUUGCACAUUUUCCCCUCCAAGGCCCCUCCUACACAUUGACUCACUCUUGCCAUUGUAAAUACCCCCACCUUUUUUUACCAGAGAAAAUUCUCCCCUGGGGAACAAAGGGACCAGGACUGCAGCUGAAGGGUCCUUGCUGCCAUCCCACCAGGGCCCACUAGAUAAUAAAAAGGCUUUGUCUUCCUGCAGACCCAUGACAUGUCUGUCCCUCUGUCCUAUCUGGGGGGGAGGGCCAGAUGCAGGUGGGUGGGGAAGAGGGAAUCAAGAAUUUUGUGCUGAGAAAGAUGGAUGCUAGUGUGCCUCUUGUCAUGGGGAGAGGGGACUGAGACCUCCCAUCCAACAAGUCCUACCAGCCAUACCCCCCGAAAUUCUACCAGCCACUCCUCUCUCUGUGACCCUGACAUUGCCAAAGUGUCGGCAUCUCCGUUAGCCCUGGUCCUUGAGGAGAAAGAGGAUUCAGCUGCAAGAUCUCCAACCACUGAGGACAAGGGGGGCUCAGGAGGACCUUUUGCCAAUAGGGAUCAUGUGGACCUUGAGCACAUCCUAGUCCUCCAAGGGCCAUUGAAGGGGUCAUUGCUCUUUAUCCAAAAUCAGCUUGUGUGUGGCCAUUUCAAUGAUGCUGUGGAUUCCACUAA